AUGUCAAGUAAAGGAGGUAUAGUUACCUUUGAAGGUCAUAGAAACUUCAGAUUACGUUUAAUAAUAUCUACUUUAGCAGGAAAACCUAUUAAAAUCAAUAAAAUCAGAUCCAAUGAUGUUAAUCCAGGUUUAAAAGAUCACGAAGUAUCAUUCUUAAGAUUACUUGAAUCUGUCACUAAUGGUUCUCACAUUGAAAUUUCAUAUACUGGUACUACUAUUAUAUUUAGACCAGGUAUAAUAAUAGGUGGUGAAAUUACCCACAACUGUCCAAACACCAAGACAGUUGGUUACUUUAUUGAACCAAUGUUAUACUUGGCUCCAUUUUCCAAGAACAAGUUUUCCAUAAUAUUUAAAGGAAUAACUACAAGUGAAAGAUCCAAAGAUGCAACUCCAGAAUCUAUCAAAUGGGGUUUAAUACCACUUAUGGAAAAAUUCGGAGUAAGAGAAGUUUCACUUUAUAUAUUGAAAAGAGGUUCUGCCCCAAUUGGUGGUGGUGAAGUUCAUUUAUUAUGUAACUCACUUAUUCCUCAACCUUUAACCAUCCAUGCAUUAGAUGUUCCUAAGUUUUCAGCUAUCAGAGGGGUUUCUUACAGUACAAGAGUAUCCCCAUCAAUGGUAAAUAGAAUGAUAGAUGGUGCAAGAAAUGUUUUAAGACCAACUGGUGUUGAAGUUAAUAUAACAGCAGAUGUAUGGAGAGGUGAAAAUUCAGGUAAAUCACCUGGAUUUGGUAUAUGUUUGGUGGCUGAACUGAAAAAAGGCUGGAGAAUAGUUGCUGAAGGUGUUGGUGCUGCAGGUGGAUUACCAGAAGAUAUUGGUGAAACCGUUGCUUAUCAACUUCUUGAAGAAAUAAGCAGAAGUGGUAUUGUGGGUAUGAGUCAAUUACAAUUGGUCUUAAUCUACAUGACUAUUGGAAAGGAAGAUGUAGGUAGAUUUAAAAUUGCCAAUUCACAAAUUGAUGAAGAAUUUAUAUGGCUCCUUAGAGAUAUUAAAGAAUUAUUUGGUACAGAAGUAUUUAUAAAAGAAGAAGAUGAAAAUUAUUCACUUCUUUCAGUUAAGGGUAUUGGAUUUACUAGUGUAUCCAAAAAGAUAGCAUAA